GGAAGUAGAGAAUUAAUUAGGGGCAGGUGCCACUGGAAGACAGCAUGGUAGGGAGAUCAAGAUGAAGAGGAGGAGGAGGAAUAGGGGAGGGGGGUAUCCAUCCUUCAGUGUGCAGUAUAAUAUUACCAUCUGCCUAGGACCAAGUGAAAAGAGGCUGCACACGCGAGAAUCAUCAGUGCUGGAUUUAGAAGACAUGGACACAUAUGUUUAUACAUAGUCUUUUGAAUUAACCAGUAGGGUGGUUGACAUACAAACCAUUUUUACCACUGCAAUUGCCCUUGUCGGUUUUAUUGAUGCCUCUGCCCUACUGCCCCCGACCGAAGCACCAAUUAUGGGCUGUCUCCAGAGCCUCACCUGCAAGUCCCGCAUCAGGAGGGAGAACAUCAUAGUUUAUGAUGUGUGUGCCACUAUAGACCAGUGCCCUACCUCCAUAGAGGAGAACUCACCCAUUGUCUUAAGGUAUAAAACCCCCUACUUUAAAGCCUCGGCCCGAGUAGUCAUGCCACCCUUGCCCAGGAACGAGACCUGGGUGGUUGGAUGGAUACAAGCCUGCAACCAAAUGGAAUUCUUCAACAUCUACAGCGACCUGGGAAUGUCAAGCUGGGAGCUUCCUGAUUUAAGGGAAGGAAGGGUAAAAGCAAUCAGCGAUUCAGAUGGUGUAAGCUAUCCAUGGUAUGGAAACACUACGGAAACUGUGACUCUCAUGGGACCUACCAACAAAGUAUCCAGGUUCUCAGUCAGCAUGAAUGACAAUUUCUAUCCCAGUGUGACAUGGGCUGUGCCAGUCAGCGAAAGCAACCUGCCUUUGCUCACCAGGAUCAAAAGAGACCAAAGUUUCACCACUUGGCUGGUGGCUAUGAAUGCCACCACCAAAGAGAAGAUCAUUCUGCAAACUAUUAAGUGGAGGAUGAGAGUAGAUAUUGAGGUGGAUCCAUCCCAGCCACUUGGUAAACGUGCAAGGUUGGUGGGAAGGACUCAGCAGGAACAGCCAAGGAUUUUAAGCCGCAUGGAACUUAUUCCACCCAACGCAUUAGUAAAGCCUAAUGCUAAUGAUGCACAGGUUUUAAUGUGGAGGCCUAAAAGGGGACAGUCUGUAGUAGUAAUUCCUCCAAAGUAGGACUACAAAGGCUUAUAUUUAGAAACAAAAUGAAAGGUCCAUGUUUUGUCUAAUGUAGAAAGACCUUAAAAUGUUUUCAAAAGACUACAAAACUUUUUGCAGUGUUUAUUAUUUAACAAUGUGAACUUUUGGAAGGUGUAGAGACAUUUUAUACAUCAUAUUUAUUUAAAUCUAGUAACGUAAAUGGCAUUUGCCAUAAAUAUUUCCUAGUGCCUGAGGCCAAACAGAAGUCAACAUGCUUUGAAGAUCUGUGGUACAUUGACUUCUCUUAUUUAAAUCAUGCUCUAUGAUCCACAUAUAUGUAGUUCCGAGAAAUAUGUGGAUCGGUUUCUUAGUCCUGCACUUAGAUAUAACAAAAGAGAGAUUCUGUUCAGUGUCUAAUUUUCCACACAUUAAAUUGUGUAAAGAAUUUUUUUUUAAAUAUUGUUUUUUUUUUCAGUCAUUUUUAAUUUAAAGGUUGUAUCCAUUAAUAAAAUAUGAUUAAUAUAUUAAUAUGGGGAAAUGUAGCCAAUCACGAUACAAAUAUUCAAUUUUAGAUAAUUUAUUAUUUAAACAUACAUUUGCACAUUUCAUAUCAUGGUAAAAUCCUUGGUAAAAGUUACUUCACAUGCAUUCAUUAAGUCAAUAUAAUUGACCACUGAAAGUUAGUUUUAAAGUAAUUUUGACUGUUGAGUAUGAAUAAAAAGUUGGUGUCUCAUUGGGCUAAAAAUGAGCAAUGUAGGUAUAAUGGGAAACUAGUGCACACUGACAGACUGUGCCUUCAAAGGUGAUAGAUUGUAUAACCACUUAUUGAUAUUCUUAACUUUUUAUUAUAACAAACUUUAAGUGGCCUGUUAACAGCUUUUCUACUCACCUAAGGGGGAUAACAUUGAACAUGGCUAUGAGCAAACACUGUUGGUGGGGUUUUCACAUCUCUGCAAACUUGAGUCCCCAUAGCUACACUGUAGUAGAAAUUGUAAUGAACUUGCAUUGACCAAGUUAUCACCAUAAUCCUAUUGGUCAAUACAUUUGCUGUUGACGUUAGUUCUGCUAUAGUUCUUCUAACCAAGUUGAUCAUUCUCUGAUCUGGAGAACCACUCUAGAACUGGACUAUGAAAUAGAUUUAAAAAAAAUAUUUUGAGUUGGAGAAAAUGUUAAGGAAAAAUAAAUGAUAACCUUAACUGCUAUUAUUUUCAAUGUAGUUGUCAUUUUAGGAUUUACCAGAACAUCUAUGAUACAGAGUGCUCUUUUAGAGAUGUAGAAUUUUGGGAUCCCUUACGGAAAAUUAAAUCAGCGCUGAGCAAUGUGUAUGUGACUCUUGGCGAAUGAAUUUGUAUACUUACGUUUUAUAUGUGCAUUAUUGUGUUCUCCGAAAGAAAUGUAUGUGUGAACUGUAAGAUUAUCAAUAUCUCAUGUAUCCUGACUAUAUAAUACAUUACAUGCUAUUAUAUCAGUAAUAUAUUACAAGAUAGUAAGGGCUGUGGUUUGAAGGAGAUCAAUCAAUUGGCUGCUCCCAACAUUAUUCUCAUUUCAAAAUAUAACUAUUAACACAAAAAUAUGGACUGAAACUGUACAUUCAUACACUUAAUAAGAUUUAGAUACUAUAGAUUCUGUGGGGCUCCAACUAUCAAUUUCGCUUCAGAGUCUUUAAAAAAACAAAAAAAAAACAUGUUAUUUCCAUCACUAUAUUUACACUGUGACGGUAACAAAAUGAACACUAAAGGGUAUACAAAACACUACACACAUAUACAGUAUGUGUAAUAAAUAUUAUGUUUUUGAAUGGUAAAGAAUGUUCUCUAUUAUAUUGAUUCAUUUUCCAAAUAUCAUGUGAAAUAAUCUGCAAAGGUUUCAUCCACUUGUGGACUAAGGUUGCCACCACUCCAGGUUUCACCUGGACAGUCAAAGAAUGAAGAGGUACCAGUUCCUUGUUUUCCCUGUUUAUGUCCCCAGAAAUGCUGGACCAGUGUCUUACUAGUCCACAUUCCUGGGAAAGGGGAAUGAACUGCUGCACGAGCAGGGUCAUUGAAAGUGGUGGAAUACAAAUGCUUGGGGAUUGUUCUUACACCAUAUUAAUAAUGUUUCUUUUUCUCUACUUUGAUGACAUCUAUUAUUUACAAAACAACAGAGAUAGCAAAGAAAUUUGGUUGUGGCUUCCUAUCUGUACUGACUGCAUUAUUCUGGGGUAUUUUUACAUUGAUGAAAAAUGAAUAAACUUUUGCACGAAAA